AUGAAAGGGCAGAUAAAGAGGUUGUCGAAUGAGCCAACAUUGUUGAAGGAAUAUGAUAAUAUUAUAAAGGAACAGCUAGAAACGGGUGUUAUAGAAAGGGUAGAUGAGUCUGAACCUGAGAUAAAUGUUCAUUACCUUCCCCAUCAAGCCGUAAUACGUAAAGAGGCCAAAACAACCAAAUUGAGAAUUGUUUAUGACGCAUCGUCAAAAGAGGGUAAGAGAGGGACUUCUUUGAAUGACUGUCUUCAUGUAGGACCACCACUAACGCCGUUGUUGUUUGACAUAUUAAUCAGAUUUAGGGAGAGCAGAGUGGCCUUGGCAGGAGACAUAGAGAAAGCCUUUUUGAACGUAGAAGUAGACGAAGCAGACAGGAACUAUUUGAGAUUUUUGUGGGUGAGAGAUGCGAUUAAUGGUAAUUUAGAGGUUGUAGUGUAUAGGUUUUGUAGAGUAGUGUUUGGACUAAAUGCAUCGCCCUUCCUGCUUAACGCUACGCUUAGACAUCACAUUGCGCAAUUUGCAGAAUCAGAUCCAGUGCUUGCUCAGAAAUUGAAUGAGGGGUUUUACGUGGAUGAUCUAGUUUCGGGGGGCAAGAGCGCACAGGAAACAAUCGAGUUGUACGAGAAAGCGAAAUUUAGGAUGUCCCAAGGCGGAUUUAAGUUAAGAAAAUGGCUUACGAAUGAUGGAAACGUGCGAGCGCUUAUAGAGCAACGUGAAUGCGGAAACAAAGUGACGACGACUACAGAUUCAGACGACGAGACAUUCACACAAUGGAGUUUGGGGGCUCUAAAUAACAAUGACUGCGCAAAAGUCUUAGGUAUAGGCUGGGAUUGUGACAAUGACCUGUUUACGUUUGAUCUACGAAAGUUUGUAGAAGACUUAGGUGAUAAGACGAAACUAACAAAGAGAAGCCUGCUAAGCGCAUUAGCAAAGAUAUUUGAUCCGUUGGGUUUAAUUAGUGCCGUUAUUAUUUUGAUGAAGAUUUUGUUUCAACAAUUGUGUGUUGAUAAGGUUGAUUGGGAUGACAAAAUAGAGGGUAAGCACGCAAAGAUAUACUUAGAGUGGAUUGAGGAUUUAGUUAGGGUUCAAAGAAUUAAAAUUAAUAGAUGCGUUUACAGUGAGGUAAUCGAAAGGGUCGAGUCGUGCGAACUCCAUGGAUUUGGCGACGCAAGUGAGAAGGCUUAUUGCGCAGUAGUGUAUUUUGUUCGUCGCACAAGCUCUACCGUUCAUGUAAAAUUAUUGGCAGCGAAAACUAGAGUUGCACCACUUAAGAAACUGACGAUUCCACGUUUAGAGCUUAUGUCUGCGCUUAUGUUAGCUAAAUUGGUAGAGUCAGUAGGGAAAGCUUUAGAAGGGCAGAAUGGACCAAAUUGGUUGAGCAGUCUAGAGCAGGAAUGGCCUCAGUCUGUAGUGAGUAAGACCGAGGAGAGUGUUCAAGAAGAAAGAAAGGGGGCUGUGUUAGUAGUAGACGCUAGUGAGAAAUUUGGUAUAGACCAGAUUAUCUGUAUAGAUAGAUACAGUAGGGUGGAAAGGUUAUUUCGUGUAACAGCAUGGGUUGCACGGUUUGUCAGGAAUUUGAUUGCUAGGAUCAAAGGGAAGAAUGAGGAUUUGACUUUCACGGAGUUAGGGAGUCAGGAGUUACAGAAAGCAGAAAGACUUUGGAUAAAGGCUUCACAGGACAGGUUAAAGAAGGAAGAUAAGUUUAAGCAGUUAGAGGUACAGCUCAACGUAGUAGAAAAGGAUGGGUUGUUAAAAUGUCAGGGUAGGCUAGCAGAGUCAGAUUUGGAAGAGGAAACAAAAUUUCCUACUUUACUACCAAAGGAAGGUCGAUUGACAGAAUUAAUAGUUGAGCACAGCCACAGGAAGGUACAUCAUAGUGGGGUAAGGGCUACUUUGGCUGAGAUAAGGUCUAGAUAUUGGAUUCCCCAAGGAAGACAAAGGGUAAAAUCGAUUCUCAACAAAUGUAUCGUGUGCAAGAAAUUAGAGGGUAAAUCAUACAAUAGACCUAGCGAAGCAAACCUUCCAGCAUUUAGAGUGGAGCAAUCAGAACCAUUUUCGAAAACAGGGGUAGAUUUUGCAGGACCAUUAUAUGUGAAGAAUGCACCGGGGGGCACAGAUAAGGUUUAUAUCGCAUUAUUUUCAUGUUGUGUAACUAGGGCCUUGCAUUUAGACUUAGUCAAAGAUUUGUCUGCGGAUGAAUUUGUGAGAUGCCUAAGACGAUUUGCAGCUAGGAGGGGGACCCCAUCAUUAAUGGUGUCAGACAAUGCAAAAACAUUCAAAGCAACAGUCAAGACUUUAGAAAACCUCUAUAAAAAUGAAAGAAUGCAAGGGUAUUUGGGAAACAAUAGGAUAGAGUGGAAAUUCAAUCUAGAAAGAGCUCCCUGGUGGGGUGGAUUUUUUGAAAGGAUGGUUAGGUCAGUGAAGAGGUGCUUGAAGAAGGUACUAGGGAAUGCGAGGUUGACAUUUGACGAACUACUGACAGUAUUGGUAGAAGUUGAGGCAACACUAAAUUCUAGGCCAUUGACUUACACGUACGACGAGGUGGGCAGUGAACCACUAACUCCGUCGCAUUUGGUGACAGGAAGAAGGUUGUUGUCCAUGCCAGACGAUGUGUCUGGUGAAGAGGAGUCUGAUGAGGGUUACUGUAAAAAACGGUAUCAGUAUUUGAGUAAGAAAAAAAUACAUUUCUGGAAUAGGUGGCGAAAAGUGUAUUUGGUUGAUUUAAGAGAGUUUCAUAAGCAGGACAAAGACAAUACAAAUAGGGUAGUGCAAAGGGGAGAUGUCGUGACUGUUUAUGAGGAUAAUGUCAAAAGGGGAAAUUGGAAAACAGGUGUAAUAGAGGAGUUGUUUGUAGGAAAAGAUGGUGUGGUUAGAGGCGCUAAGGUUCGGUUAGCUAGGAACGGUAAAGUCGUUCACCUUAAUCGUCCCGUCCAAAAACUCUUUCCUACCGAGUUGAAGCACGACGAAGGCGAGUGUGAGCGAGAAGAGAGAGAGAAAGGACUGAAAGGAAGGAAGGUAGAAAAUACGGGCAGACCCAAAAGAGCUGCUGCUCUUGAUUCUGUCUGGAAGACACAGAAUAUGCUUGAUUAG